AUGUUCAACGCCCAACUCGCAGUCCUGCUCCCAAUGGUUGCAUCAGCCAUUGCCAUCUGCCCUGGCUUCAACUUUGGGAUCGGGAAUGUCAUUCGCCUGGACAGUGGCAUGAACCGAUGGAACGUCUAUAACUCCGACUGUGUCGUCGUCGACGGAUUGACCACCACGCAGAACCCUUGCAACUCUGGUACCUUUGGAUGCACCCCUGCCCCCAUUAUCUUUAAUCGCUACACCAGCAAAUUCAACGGUUUAACCUACGAGUGCGGACCUGAUGGUGGCUCUGGCCAAUGCGGAAGCGACGUUAUCUCUGUCUGCUGCCGUCAAUGA